AUGCAUAAGCCAUCCAUUCCUUCGGCACUGCUCGUGCUAUCGUUGAAGCUCUUCGCAGAAGCCUCGACAGGGCCGGAACGCUCCCCACGCCUCGACGAGACAAGCGAAACUACCUCUUACCACGCGAAUGCUGGGAAUCUCAAAUAUGUUAACCCUUUCAUUGGCACUCAAGGCGGUGACCCAAACGAUAAUGGCGGCAUGAUCCCAUCGGUUGCUCCUCCGUUCGCGAUGACGCGCUGGACACCGCAAACACGCGAGAAUUACAUCUCCCAAGUGCCUUAUUCGAACUGGGACGAUCGAAUCCACGGUUUCCAGGCGACGCAUCAACCGGCGAUCUGGAUGGGUGAAAAUGGGCACGUUACACUUAUGCCAGGACUUGGCGAUGAGAUCCAACCGCUCUUUCAAAAACGAGGACUUGCCUUCAAGAAGAGCGAUGAGAGUAGUACGGCAUAUGUCUAUGAAGUAAAGCUCGACGCAACCAAUUCUGGCUCGACCGGUGGAAACCAGAGCUCGAUUAAAGUAUCGAUGAGCGCGUCUGCGCACGUGGGCCAUUUAAGGAUCGAUUUCGACAACGAGAACAAGCAACAGCCAUCUGUGUUUAUUCAAGCAAGCCGGCUCAAUUGGACCGGCCACAUCGACAUUGAUGAAGCCCGCCACGAGAUUUCUGGCAGCAAUCCUCAAAGGCACGAUUACAACUUGGGUCCGGAUCGCCCCAAGUCGUUCAACAUGUUCUUCGUCUCGCGGUUCUCCGUGCCUUUUGAGUCCUAUGGCGUUACCCAGGGCGGAAAAGUCAUAGAAGGAAAGACAACGAUUAACGGCAAAUUCGUUGGCGGCUAUGUCAAGUUUAACAAGUCUGUUCAACGCGUGGAAGUGCGCACGGGGGUAUCUUAUAUAAGUGUUGCUCAAGCUCGAAGAAACCUCGACACCGAGAUUCCUGACGGCUCAUCAUUCGAUACCACGGUUCAAAAUGCAAAGGCAGCGUGGCUGGACAAAUUAGGUCGCAUAACUGUGACAGGUGUGAAUAAGACCGACUCAGAACACGACCAGCGGACCGUUUUCUAUACCGCUCUAUUCCACGCGCUACAAUAUCCCAGUGAUUUCUCUGAGCCUACUACAAGCGCCAGUGGCGGAACACGCCUGUUUUAUAGCGGUUAUACGGAUAGUGUCCACGCAGAACAAGACUCGUACUAUCAGUCUUGGUCCAUUUGGGACACCUACCGGGCUGAGCAUUCUCUAUUGGCUCUCCUUGCGCCUGAGCGCGUUGACUCCAUGAUGCGUACAUUGUUGCGUAUAUUCGACUGGACUGGGCGCCUCCCACUCUGGGCCAACCUAGUUGAAACCAAUAUAAUGAUCGCUACGAAUGCGGACGUUAUACUUGCAAAUGCGCUCAUACGAGGUUUCCAAGGCUUUAAUGUUACAAACGCUUGGAAGGCUGUUCAAACUGAUGCGUACAAGCCUCCCGAAAACGAUACAGAGCUUCUAUACUACGACAGGGAACCAUUUACUCCCCGCGAAGCGCGCGCAGGCCUUACAAGCUAUCUUGAGCAUGGAUGGGUGGAUAAUGACCAUUGGUCUGAAGCUGCAAGUCGAACGCUGGAUUACUCACUCAACGACUAUGCUUGUGCUGUUGUGGCUGCGCACUCGGGCAACAAUGAAUCUUCCAAAGAGCUCAUGGCGCGCUCGAAGAAUUACGCGAAGCUUUGGAAUUCAGAGACAGAAUUUAUGCAGACACGCAAUAACAAUGGCACAUUCGCCCUAGACAGCUGGGGAUGGACUGAGGGGGAUAAAUGGGUUUAUACAUUCGACGUAAUGCACGACGUUAAUGGUUUAGCAGCACUCUUCAAGAACGGGAAGAAGGGCAUGAAGUCUAAGCUCGAUGCACACUUUGGUGGAGGCCACAACAUGCAAAGUAAUGAACCAUCACAUCAUGUGCCAUAUCUGUAUUCUGCGAUUGGAUAUGCUUCCAGCACGGCAGAGCAGGUGCGCAGUAUUGCUUGGGACAAUUACAAUGCUACAGCAAGUGGAUUGAGUGGGAACGAAGACUUGGGCCAGAUGAGCGCCUGGUAUAUCUUCUCAGCGCUGGGGUUUUAUCCAGUGAAUCCUGCAAGCGACGAGUAUAUUGUAGGCACGCCAUUCUUCGACGAAGUCAGAAUAGUGUUACCAAAGGGCCCCUUGGGAGGAGGACAGGCGCUAGUAAUUUCUGCACCUGGAGCAGGGACUGAGGGUAAAAGCUAUGUCAAGUCUCUCAAAGUCGACGGUAAGAGUAUACGUCGGCCUGUGCUACUGCAUAGCGAGAUUGUUAAAGCUAGGAGGAUUGAGUUUAAGAUGAGUAACCAACCUACAUCUUGGGGGUCAAAGAUUGAACUGAGCUAGGCUUUUAAUUUUCCAAGUGUAAUGGGUAGUAUAAGAAUGAAAC